AUGACCCUUCAGGAAUGCCCAUCAUUUGCAUCGUUUCCUGGACUAUUGGCGUCAUGGUUUCGGUUGGUUUUAUCGUCAUGUUCGCCAAGUAUCUCAUGGGUCGUCGAUGCCCGCCAUGUCCGCCUCCAACAAAAUCAGGACCUCAGAGACAAGGACCUCAGUACCCUGGGCCCAGGUACCCUUUGUACCCUGAGCCUAUGGGCAUUGCACCUCCAGGUCCUCUGCUUCCAGGUCCUUCGUCUCCCCAAGAAUACGAAAGCGAUCUUGAACAAGGAAGCAUCGAUGAACUUGCCGAUAGGACCGCCAACAGCUCGAAAGUUGGCGACCAACCUCGAGUACCACCACCUCCGUAUUGCCGACGAUGCUGAUAUACAUCUGUUGGACCAUGCUGUUACUCCCCAGAUGCCGAGAAUUGCACCAGGCAUUGCCUACAAUGCAGUCUUAUUUGAAGAAACACACUAUAUGUUGGGGGGUCGGGUAGAUAUUAGCCAAGUUGCAAUUGGCUUGGAUCAGGAGGCAGAUGAAGGUCAGGAGACUAGACAAAUCACUGUAGAACUAGUCCAAUGGAUGAAUUCAGCACACAAAACUAUGACUACCUAUUUAUUUACUUAG